AUGCCAUCAACAUCUAAUGCUUCGACGACGACGCAAUGCGGUGGAGAUAUAGAAGAGCUGGAACUUGUCAUUCCACUGAAUGAUACGGGAAGUGCUGGUUUGGGAGUGAGCCUUAAAGCACGGGUAACAGUUCGAACGAAUGGGACUAGGCAGGAUUGCGGAAUAUUCAUAAAAAAUGUUCUCCACGGAGGUGCUGCACAUAAAGAUGGACGCCUCCGAGUUAAUGAUCGCAUAGUAGGCAUAGAGGAACUCAGAUUAGAUGGCGAGACUAACGCCACAGCUAGUGAGGCGGUAUCACGAAGACUCAAAGCCAUAGGUCCCACGGCUAAGUAUGUACGGUUAUUUAUUCAACGCGCUAGGACACCCCAGAUGUCGCGAUCUAUAUCGCAACCUCAGGCAGUGUCUAGAGUCUGCGUCGAUGGUGAUGAGGGACCAUCCAGAAUCUCUGUGAUAGCCACAGAAUCGACUUCUUCUGAGGGGAAGCCGUCGCCUUCAGAUGGCUUAGAUUCAGAUAUUGGAAGGUUGGAUGAAUCGGAGCUUGCAAACGUUUCGGAUCCAUUCAGCAGAGAAGCACCAACACGGAAAAGUCUAAGCGAAAAACGUGGCAUGGGUGCUACUUCUGAUCCGCACCAUAUAAAACUAGUGCUUUUCCCUUAUCCGGCGCUACCUAAUUUUCCAACGUAA